AUGUUUUCCGGAGUGAUCAAUUUACAAAGAAUAUUAGAAGCAACAAAAGACCACGCGAAUGUUGUUGUACCUGAAUUAGAUCGUUUACUUAAACUUGAUCCAUAUCUUGCACCAUAUCAAGAUGAAAUUCGAAGACGUUAUUACGUCUUUCAAAAACUUCUUAAACAACUUGAAAGUGAAGAACAAAGUAUCGAUGUAUUUACAUCUGCCUAUAAACACUUCGGUAUUCAUGUUAAUUCCCGAACAAAUGAAAUAAAUAUUAAAGAAUGGGCACCUGGUGCAAAAGCAAUGUAUAUUCGUGGAGAUUUUAAUAGUUGGCAAGAAAAACAAUAUCCAUUUACACGUGAUCAAUAUGGUGUAUGGAGAGGUACACUUCCACCUUUACCCGAUGGAUCGCCAGCAAUCAAACAUGGUCAAGCAAUAAAAUUACUUUUGAAAACUUCUGAUGGUGAAUUAGUUGAUCGUAUUUGUCCAUGGUCACGUUAUGUACAACGUCCAGAAAAAGUCAAUGUAUAUCAUGGAGUAUUUUAUAAUCCAUCGGAGGAUCAAAUUUAUAAAUUUAAAUAUCCUCAACCAAAAAAACGUGAUCGAUUAAAAAUUUAUGAAGCUCAUGUUGGAAUUAGUUCAUCAAAAGAAGAAGUUUCUACAUAUGAAAAUUUUCGUAUUAAUGUUAUUCCUCAUAUUGUCAAACAAGGCUAUAAUACAAUUCAAUUAAUGGCUAUUAUGGAACAUUCCUAUUAUGGUAGUUUUGGUUAUCAAGUAACCAAUUUUUUUGCUGCAUCAAGCCGUUAUGGUACACCGGAAGAAUUAAAAGCAUUAAUUGAUGAAGCACAUAAACAUGGCUUAACUGUUAUACUUGAUCUUGUGCAUAGUCAUAGUUCGAAAAAUGUUCUUGAUGGACUUAAUAUGUUUGAUGGUACAGAUGGUUGCUUUUUUCAUGAUAGUCCACGUGGUUAUCAUACACUUUGGGAUAGUCGAUGUUUUAAUUAUCUGGCACGUGAAGUAAUGCGAUUUCUUCUUUCUAAUAUUCGAUAUUGGUUAGAAGAAUUUAAAGUUGAUGGAUAUCGAUUUGAUGGUGUGUCAUCAAUGCUUUAUCAUUCACAUGGCCUCGGACAUGAUUUUUCUGGUACAUAUAAAGAAUAUUUCGGUUUAGCAACGGAUACUGAUUCAUUUAAUUAUCUUCAAUUAGCUCAUCAUGUUAUUCAAACACUUUUUCCUGAAUCAAUAACAAUUGCUGAGGAAGUGUCAGGCAUGCCAACAUUAUGUCGACCACUUGCUGAAGGUGGUGCUGGUUUUGAUUAUCGUUUAGCUAUGGCGAUUCCGGAUCUUUGGAUUAAAUUCCUAAGAGACAUAAGGGAUGAAGAUUGGGAAAUGGGUCAUAUAACAUGGGUAUUAACUAAUCGUCGAUGGUUAGAAAAAAAUGUAGCUUAUGCUGAAAGUCAUGAUCAAGCACUUGUGGGUGAUAAAACAAUUGCACACUGGUUAUUUAAUGAACAAAUUUAUACUCAUAUGUCGGUUCUUACUGAACGAACACCAGUUGUUGAACGUGGUUUAGCUUUACAUAAAAUGAUUCGUUUAGUAACAUAUGCAUUAGGUGGAGAAGCUUGGUUGAAUUUUGAAGGAAAUGAAUUUGGUCAUCCAGAAUGGCUUGAUUUUCCUCGAGAAGGAAAUAAUGAAAGUUAUAAAUAUGCUCGUCGGCUCUUUUAUUUAUGUGAAGAUGAUACAGUGAGAUAUAAAUAUCUUAAGGCAUGGGAUAAAGCAAUGAAUGAUUUGGAAGAAGAAUAUAAAUGGUUAACAGCAACAAAUACAUUUGUUAGUCGGAAAAAUGAAGGUGAUAAAGUUAUAGUAUUCGAACGCGGCGAUCGUGGUCUGAUGUUUAUAUUUAAUUUUCAUGGCAGUAACAGUUACGCUGAUUAUCGUAUUGGAUGUGGUCAAAGUGGAAAAUAUAAAGUUGUACUUGAUUCGGAUGCGAAAUCUUUUGAUGGACAUGGAAGAAUUAAUAAUGAACAAAUCUUUGUUGCUGAGAAUAUCAUGUGGGAUGAUCGACCAUUUUCAUUUCAGACAAGUAUAAUACACCAGAAGGUGCAGCGUGAAAAGAUCUACAAUCCGCAAAAUCGUUUACUUAAACUUGAUCCAUAUCUUGCACCAUAUCAAGAUGAAAUUCGAAGACGUUAUUACAUCUUUCAAAAACUUCUUAAACAACUUGAAACUGAAGAACAAGGUAUCGAUGUAUUUACAUCUGCUUAUAAACACUUCGGUAUUCAUGUUAAUUUCCAAACAAAUGAAAUAAAUAUUAAAGAAUGGGCACCCGGUGCAAAAGCAAUGUAUAUUCGUGGAGAUUUUAAUAAUUGGCAAGAAAAACAAUAUCCAUUUACACGUGAUCAAUGGGGUGUAUGGAGAGGUACAGUUCCACCUUUACCCGAUGGAUCACCAGCAAUCAAACAUGGUCAAGCAAUAAAAUUACUUUUGGAAACUUCUGAUGGCGAAUUAGUUGAUCGUAUUUGUCCAUGGUCACGUUAUGUACAACGUCCAGAAAUAGCCAAUGUAUAUCAUGGAGUAUUUUAUAAUCCACCGGAGGAUCAAAUUUAUAAAUUUAAAUAUUCUCAACCAAAAAAACGUGAUCGAUUAAAAAUUUAUGAAGCUCAUGUUGGAAUUAGCUCAUCAAAAGAAGAAGUUUCUACAUAUGAAAAUUUUCGUAUUAAUGUUAUUCCUCAUAUUGUCAAACAAGGUUAUAAUACAAUUCAAUUAAUGGCUAUUAUGGAACAUUCUUAUUAUGCUAGUUUUGGUUAUCAAGUAACCAAUUUUUUUGCUGCAUCAAGCCGUUAUGGUACCCCUGAAGAAUUAAAAGCAUUAGUUGAUGAGGUACAUAAACACGGCUUAACUGUUAUACUUGAUCUUGUGCAUAGCCAUAGUUCAAAAAAUGUUCUUGAUGGACUUAAUAUGUUUGAUGGUACAGAUAGUUGCUUUUUUCAUGAUAGUCCACGUGGUUAUCAUACGCUUUGGGAUAGUCGAUGUUUUAAUUAUCUGGCACGUGAAGUAAUGCGAUUUCUUCUUUCUAAUAUUCGAUAUUGGUUAGAAGAAUAUAAAUUUGAUGGAUUUCGAUUUGAUGGUGUGUCAUCAAUGCUUUAUCAUUCACAUGGCCUUGGACAUAAUUUUUCUGGUACAUAUAAAGAAUAUUUCGGUUUAGCAACGGAUACUGAUUCAUUUAAUUAUCUUCAAUUAGCUCAUCAUGUUAUUCAAACACUUUUUCCUGAAUCAAUAACAAUUGCUGAGGAAGUGUCAGGCAUGCCAACAUUAUGCCGCCCACUUGCUGAAGGUGGUGCUGGUUUUGAUUAUCGUUUAGCUAUGGCGAUUCCGGAUCUUUGGAUUAAAUUCUUUAGAGACAUAAGGGAUGAAGAUUGGGAAAUGGGUCAUAUAACAUGGGUAUUAACUAAUCGUCGAUGGUCAGAAAAAAAUGUAGCUUAUGCUGAAAGUCAUGAUCAAGCACUUGUUGGUGAUAAAACAAUGGCACACUGGUUAUUUAAUGACCAAAUUUACACUCAUAUGUCGGUUCUUACUGAACGAACACCAGUUGUUGAACGUGGUUUAGCUUUACAUAAAAUGACUCGUUUAGUAACGUAUGCAUUAGGUGGAGAAGCUUGGUUGAAUUUUGAAGGAAAUGAAUUUGGUCAUCCAGAAUGGCUUGAUUUUCCUCGAGAAGGAAAUAAUGAAAGUUAUAAAUAUGCUCGUCGGCUUUUUUAUUUAUGUGAAGAUGAUACAUUGAGAUAUAAAUAUCUUAAGGCAUGGGAUAAAGCAAUGAAUGAUUUGGAAGAAGAAUAUAAAUGGUUAACAGCAACAAAUACAUUCGUUAGUCGGAAAAAUGAAGGUGAUAAAGUUAUAGUAUUCGAACGUGGUGAUCGUGGUCUGAUGUUUAUAUUUAAUUUUCAUGGCAGUAACAGUUACGCUGAUUAUCGUAUUGGAUGUGGUCAAAGUGGAAAAUAUAAAAUUGUACUUGAUUCGGAUGCAAAAUCUUUUGAUGGACAUGGAAGAAUUAAUGAUGAACAAAUCUUUGUUGCUGAGAAUAUCAUGUGGGAUGAUCGACCAUUUUCAUUUCAGGUAUAUUUAAAUGAAGAUUUUUAUUCAUAG